AUGAAAAAGGGCGGCGCAAAAUGGAAGCGCAACAGCACCACCAUGCAACACGCAUGGAAGCGUCUUGAGGCAGAGUACCGUGACACUCUCCGCCACAACGGUACGUCAGGGAAGGCGGCCAAACGGCAGAAACCCUGGUUCGAGUAUGUUUACCUCAUUAAGAAGCUCCCUGCCAACGUUAAACCGCAUGUGCUGGAUGGUGGCGGAGCAGGGGAGACCCACGCUGAUCCAGGAGCACCAAUACGCGACGACGCCGAGAUGGGCGAGGGUGGAAUGGUGACGCCCAGGGCCACUCUCCCUGAUCGUCAAGUCCGUCGGCCCGGCGGCCUUGAAGUCAACGAGACCGCCACCAUGGCGGCAGCGAAAGUCAUCGCCGACACAAUCACAACAUGCAAUGCUCAGGCGUUGCGGCAGCUUAGCGACACGGUGCAACUCCUCGUGACAUCCAUCCACGUCGCUGCCACGCUGGGGAGGGCUCCGCCUCCACAACCCCAGCCCGUGCCGCCGCCGCCGCCCGCCAAUGCGCACGCCCUCACAGUCACGGAUGGCAACGAAGACUCGCCCGCCUUAGACGGAGAGGCAGGCGACGUUCCCCACGAUGUGGACGAUGAGGCGCGCGAUGACAGGACGUCCGACUAG